AUGGCUAUCCUUCGUUUACUCAGUUGUUUUUUCCUGGCCACUGGAGUCCUCGGAUUCCAGGCUCCCCUCCAGCCAGAUGUGAGCAGAGUUGCUUUGAAGGGCGCUGAAAGUGAGGUAUCCUUUGACAACGACUUGGAUGGCAGCGACAUGAAAAUUGGCAUUAUUCGAACUCGAUGGAACGACGAACACGUUACCAAUUUGGUCAAUGGCAUUAAAGAAGGACUCAAAGAAUGCAAGGUCGCGGAAGCCAGUGUCUUUGAAACUUCCGUGCCGGGAGCGUUUGAAUUGCCCUUGGCGGCACGAUUUUUGGCCCUCUCGGGGACCGUCGAUGCCAUUAUCUGCUGUGGUGUCUUGAUCAAGGGAGAAACCAUGCAUUUCGAGUACAUUUCCGAUGCCGUCGCCAAGGGUAUCAUGAAUGUGGGCAUGUCCACCACUACUCCCUGUGUCCUGGGUGUGCUGACCUGUAUGAAUGAAGAUCAAGUCAAGGCACGCUCCUCAGGCAACAACAAUCAUGGUGUCGACUGGGGAAAGACUGCCGUCGAAAUGGCAUUGCUCCGUACAGAAGCCAUGGGAGGCAAGGCGUCGCAGGCAGCCAAAUUGAAGGAACUUGGAUUUGGAGCAGCCGCCGAAAAAGAAAAUGAGAAAAAGAAAGAGGGUGCUGGUUUCUUCUAA